AUAAAUUCGAAUCCAAACGCGCGACCGUCGCUGCUGCGGCCGUGGGAAAGGAAACACAGAAAAAAGGCCAACGCCGUCUUCUCGUCGAGGCCAGGGAAGGAGGUGGAGCGCAGCAGCCUGCGCUCGGGUUCCCCCUCUUCUCGGUGGAGGCGCAACGCCUCCGGGACCCGGACCCUGUCAGCAAAUAUCAGAUUCUUCAAGGGGGAAUGAUCACGCACUACGUGCUGACAGGGUCGCCUGCACAGGUCCAGAAAUCCACGUCCAAGCCGCCGCCCUCGCCUCCGGACAAGGGCACACCUGUGCCGGUGGCUCCUGUUAGGACACAGACGUCCCCUGCAUCACUCUAUGCCACGCCUGAGAGCACCACCCUGCCUGACUCACCUUCCUCGUUCCCGGGAACCUGGUCGCCAUAUAUUAUCAACCAUAAGAGGCGGGGGGCCUCCCUUGCCAAGACCUCUCGGGGUGAUGUUGGAAGUGGGGGCAGCCAGCCGAAGCUCCAGGUGAUGCUGUCCGCUUUGCCCAAAGGGGGUGAACCCACUGCAGCGGAGGAGCCUGAGUUUGCUUUUCAGCAAUCAGAGAAUGGUCAAACUGAAGGUGACAGUGGUGUGGAAGAGGCUCCCAUCUAUGGAAAAAAUGAAAUGCUACUAAAGGACAAGGGAUCUAUGUCAGCCAAAAAUGAGCAGGAGCAGCCUGAGUUUGAAUUUCAGCGUGGAAGUCUUGAAGCAUCAGUGAGGUCUGUUAACGUUGGAAGGCCUUUGAUUGCUGGAGCACCAAAAAAUGAUGAGAGUGACACCUUCCUUGAACUUCAGGAUUUGAUUAGUGUGUCUAGCCAUACUGAAGCUGACGGUGCUGGUACACAAGAGCGGUGGUGGAAGCCCAGUUCCCCGCUUGGGACCUCUGUUGGCACACCUGGUGCUGAAUUCUAUGAUGCGUUUGAAGAAAUAUCAAGUGAUGGUGGAACUCGAUCUUUACGAGGCAUGGAUGAUGAUCUCCGUGAACUGAGAUUAAGUCUGUUGAUGGAAAUUGAGAGGAGGAAUCAAGCAAAAGAAGCACUUGAGAUCUGGCAGAAGGAAUGGAAGAAGCUGAGUCACCACCUAUCACAUGUUGCCUUAUCGCUUCCAUCUCCAUGUAUAGCUGAGGAAACUGAUUAUUCAAGUAUGGAUCCUGGAGCUGAGUUGUGCCAGCAAAUAACUGUUUCACAACUUGUCGCUGCUGCUAUUGCCCAAGGUUUUGCUCGUUCUGAAGUUGAAUCAGAGAUGGAAACCGUGCUUGCAGCAAAGAACUUUGAGAUUGCAAGGCUGUCGGAUAGGGUCCAGUACUAUGAAGCUGCAAACAGGGAAAUGUCUCAAAGAAACCAAGAAGCUAUCGAGAUGUCAAGGCAACAAUGUAAGGAGUGUAAGAAGCAACAGAAGUGGCUCUGGGGUUUUGCUGGGCUUGCAGUCACCCUUGGUGCCACAGCCAUCGCCUGGUCUUAUCUACCUUCAUCACAGCCCCAAACUAGUGCAGAUUCAAAUAGUACCACCAGCGACUAGAGCUAGAUGAAGACAUCUCAUUUUCGAAGCUUAACAAAGCUCUAACUAUGCCCCAGAGGAAAAAAAGGUUGUAUAAGCUCUCUUUUGGUGAUCGGCCAUGAUCGCUACUGUCUUCAUUUGUUGCUUUGUCUGCAAAAAUGUUGGAUGGGCCAUCUCCGUUCAGGAUUGGCUCCAUUCCAAUCACCGUAAAUCUCUGCAUAGAAUCAUAGAUGGUUACUGGUUGAGAAUUUAAUACAAGGAAUGUGGAUAUGCUUAGUAUCAUGCCCACUAA